AUGGCGUCCGCUUCAACCCGUCACCUCCUCCUCGUCGCCGUCGUUCUCGCCGUGUCGCACUCCGCCCGGGCCAACCCGGUCACCGUCGGGCAGGCGUGCAAGCUGUACGCGAAGCAUGCGUCGUCCUGCACGGAGGCCCUAGCGAAGGCCCCGGGGAUGCCGGUGGCGCCGAUGCCCCUGCCGGUGCUGGCUGAGCUGGCGGUGACCUAUGCGGCAGCGAGCGGCUCCGCGGCGCUGGCGUUCAUCAAGAGGAUGGAGAUGCUCGCCGGCGGGACGAUGCCGCUGGACUGCGUGGAGAAGUGCGUGGAGAAGUUCCAGACGGCGGUGGCGGCGCUGCAGAAGAACAGGGCGGCGAUCAUUGAGCACAGGGACGUGGCCCGCGUGAAGAGGUGGGUGAGGAUGGCGAGGGCGGACGGCGAGACGUGCAUGGACAAGUGCCACAUGAAGGAGGGCGGCGCCGACCCCACCAUCAUCCGCAAGAUCACCGACCUCGGCAAGCUCUGCUCCGUCGCGCUCACCCUCGCCGAUGCCGCCGCCACCCAUGGCUAAUAAUCUUUGCGCCUUGCUUUACCAGCUUAAUUUAUGUCUCACCUGGUUAUGUUUGUACUACAGUGCACUGUUGAAUUUGUAAACCUAAGCAUACUUAGCUAAGUUAUGCGCAGCCACAUUGGCUUUCCAGUUACAGUGCAUAAAUUGUGUUAGAGAUAUAUUUGAGUGACAUUUAUUUGGUAGUCUAGGAUUUGUAAUCCAUCUCCUACCUUAUCUCUAGGAGAGACUUCUUAUUCUUCAAAUCUGUACUCCUAUAUAUAUCUGUCAAUCUUGUCUCUAUUUCCUUC